AUGUUUGACCUAGCAUUCGAGCCCAGAAAAGCAAUCAAAGGUCAAGCCUUAGUUGAUUUCAUCGUAGAGCUUACUCGGACUACGGUUGAACCCGUCCAAGAUCCAGCUGCGGGAAGACGACGUUGGACACUUAUGGUGGAUGGAUCGUCUACUGCUAAUGGUUGCGGGGAUGGAAUAAUCUUCCAAUCACCAGAAGGGGACAAAUGUGAGUAUGCAAUCAAAUUUCAAUUCCAGGCGUCAAACAAUGAAGCAGAAUAUGAAGCGCUGCUAGCCGGCAUUAAAAUGUGCAAAGCGGUUGGGGCCUUGGAAAUUGAGGCAAAAACAGAUUUCCUAAUUGUCGUCAGUCAAUUCCAGCAGACUUCGUGGAAAUAUUCAUGGAAUUCGCAAGUUCAUUCUACCAAGCAAGUAGUUUUGAAAGAAACCGACAACCAUAAUCACCAUUGUUACCGGCAAUUGAAGAUACAUACUGAUUCAGAGGAGCUACUCAUAAUUAAGACCAGAGAAUCCCUCUUAGGUGCUCUGACAGAGCAUGUUAAGGCGAACCAUGAGUACGAGGUACCUGAAGUGAUAGCAAUGCCUAUUGUAGGUGGAAAUGCCCCUUAUCUUGAGUGGCUCAAAAACAACACGAGGAACUGAAUCUUAGUAUCAGUGUUGAAUCUAUAGUUUAUAGCUUACUUAUGGUUCUUUUACUGUUUUCUGUUUCCUGUUGACUUCUUCAUCUCACUUGCUCAGCUUGGUGGACUGAAUCUUCUACGAUUGUUUAGGAUGAGCCGGUCAUGUGAGAGUGGUGGCAGUCUAGCUAGUUCACCUUUUCUACUGUCCUCUUUUGAUGGCAAUUUGACAAAAUCAUAGGCUGCUUGUUCGUUGUCUUCUAUUCCAUGUUAUGUUCUACUUUUCGCUUUUGAUAUCUGAUUGCUCGUGUGCUGAAGUUUUUGAGCACAUCUAUAUGGUGCUAUAAUGGCUUUGUUCUUCAUGCUGUGUUUGCAGCACCAUAAUGACAUACAUAUCUGCUUCAGGUUUGUCUUGAUCCUUUCGGUUCUAUUUCAUGUUUAGAUCUUGUAGUCGACUAUCUCAACUGGUGUUUUGGUUUUCCUUUGAACUCCAGUGGUCGUUGUUGUCAGCUGGCUUGCUCAUUCGUAGGUUUACGAGUUGUAUGUUUCAUAUUGUGUGUCGUUGCAUUCAUUGACAUGGUAGUGGUGACUUUGAGGUUCAAAGUUGGAGGAUUACCAGAAUUCUUUGGCUCAGCUUCUUGGAUAAAGUAACUAACUAACUAUAUUAAUUUUAAAUAUCUCUUACACAUUCUAAGUUUAUCCUUCUGCUUCAGGUGCAUUUUUUGUA